AUGAGUAGAGAGUUGAAGAAAGUGGAGAAGUGUUGUGAUGUGGCUGAGAAGGUUGUGGUGGCUGUUAAGGCAUCAAAGGAUGUACCUAAGACAGCUUUGGUUUGGGCUUUAACUCAUGUUGUUCAGCCAGGGGACUGUAUCACACUUCUUGUGGUGUUCUCUUCUCAUGCCUCUGGUCGAAAGUUAUGGAGCUUCCCGAGGUUUGCGGGUGACUGUGCUAGCGGCCACAAAGGGCGGGCACACUCAACUGGUUCGAGUGCAGAGCAGAAAUCGGACAUCACGGAUUCUUGCUCGCAAAUGAUCCUUCAGCUUCACGAUGUUUAUGAUCCUAACAAGAUCAAUGUGAAGAUAAAAGUCGUGUCGGGUACACCGUGCGGUGCAGUUGCUGCUGAGGCCAAGAAAAUACAAGCGAAUUGGGUUGUCUUAGACAAACACCUCAAACACGAGGAGAAACGCUGCUUGGAGGAGCUCCAAUGCAACAUUGUUGUCAUGAAACGAACCCAACCGAAGGUCCUCCGCCUGAACUUAGUCAGCUCAUCCCGUAACGAGCCCGAACCUACAACUUCACUCCAGACGAACCCAUCCUCCGAAAAACGAGGAACCCCCAAAGGCUCCCCAAAUCCGGCCCGUGGGCCCCUCGUCACCCCUUCCAGCAGCCCCGAGACCUUCACGGCCACCGAUGUCGGAACCUCAUCAGUCUCGAGCUCUGAUCCCGGCACAUCGCCCUUCGUCAUAACCACCGGCCCAAAAGACGACUUAAUAACCAAGAAAGAGAAAUUAAUAUCCAUAAAACAAGAACAUGAUCACGACUCGUCUGAUUCGGACACAGACAUUGAAAGCCUGUCUUCAUCGUCGAGUCUUAGGUUCCCGGAAAAAAUACUCGUCAAACAGAAAAAUUCCAUUAUUUCCACAAAUGCCCUCUUCGAGAAAAACGCAAAAUUCGACGAUGACCUCCUCGGUUUUCGUUCCCCGAGCUACCGGUUGAACUCCAAUUUCAGCGGGAGCCUGAGGGAGGCUAUUUCAUUGUCUAAAGCAGGCCCGUGCGGGCCCCCGCCUUUGUGUUCUAUUUGCCAGCAUAAGACUCCCAUGUUCGGAAAACCUCCGAGAUGGUUUGCUUACGCUGAGCUGGAGCUGGCGACUGGCGGGUUUUCACGGGCGAAUUUUUUGGCUGAAGGCGGGUACGGGUCGGUUCACAGAGGGGUUCUGCCCGAUGGGCAGGCCAUUGCAGUUAAGCAGCACAAGCUGGCGAGUUCGCAAGGGGAUCAGGAGUUUUGCUCGGAGGUUGAAGUGCUGAGCUGUGCCCAGCACCGUAAUGUGGUGAUGCUGAUAGGGUUCUGUAUCGAGGAUGGAAGGAGGUUGCUGGUGUACGAGUAUAUAUGCAACGGGUCUCUUGAUUCUCAUCUUUAUGGGCGGCAUCAGGAUACACUUUCUUGGGCUGCACGGCAGAAGAUUGCGGUUGGUGCAGCACGUGGAUUGCGGUACCUUCACGAAGAAUGUCGGGUUGGCUGCAUUGUUCAUCGAGAUAUGCGGCCUAAUAAUAUUCUCAUCACUCACGAUUUCGAGCCGUUGGUUGGAGAUUUUGGUCUGGCUAGGUGGCAGCCGGAUGGGGAAAAGGGGGUCGAAACCAGAGUCAUUGGAACAUUCGGGUACCUAGCACCCGAGUACGCUCAAAGUGGUCAGAUCACAGAAAAAGCCGAUGUUUAUUCAUUCGGUGUUGUGCUUGUUGAGCUUGUGACCGGGCGUAAAGCUGUGGACCUCAACAGGCCCAAAGGCCAACAAUGCCUUACAGAAUGGGUGCUCCGAGUUCUUGAAGGCGAUUCAAUGGAUUCCGGUCAGCUGGGCACUCCCGAGGAACAGCCAGGCCGCCAUCAUCGCGACGAGGACGACGAGCGAGAUCGGGUGCCAGAGGAGGCUGAGGAACAGGACGCCGAGGACAACGACGGCGUAGUUCAUCCGGAAGUAGCUGAGGUUCUUUCGGACACGCGUCGUCGCCUCGCGAGCGGAUCUCGGGAGGCCGAGGCCGCGGCGGUCGAGCAUCUCGCGCCACGAGCGGCGGGUGCCGAGGCCUGCCUUGAUGCGGUCCUUGGCACGCGAGAUGUACUCGAGGUUGGCCGCGGCGCCGGAGGGGGAGGACGCCGGGAUGGUGCCGUACGUCGUCAUUUUCCGGCGGCGGAUAUGACUUAUGAGGAAUUUGGGCGCGGGCUUGAAAGGGAGAUUUUUUUGAUUGAAUUGAAUGAUAACUGUGUAAAGUGGAAACUGAGAAGAAAAGGAGGGCAUGUAAAGGAGGGAGCGUGGGGUCCUAAUGAUAUAGAAUAA